CCAACAGAACUCGAAACUUAGCCACCGGAAAUGUCGUAUCUAGGUCUUGAACAAUAUCCGGGUUAAUUGUGGAGUAUGCGAUGCGUGCGCUGCUGUCGGUAGUUUUGGAUCAGUGGUGUUGUGCAUCUUGUCCACAAGUGGAUUAUUAAUUUCCCACAAGUGCCUUAUUAGUUUAGAUAAGUUUAUUAAAUGAUGCAUUUGGAGUUAUGGAAAUUAGUUUUAUUAAUUAUGUGUGUAUGUCAAGUUCGUGGAAAUGAAUAUAAACCUGAAAAACUUUCAGAUUUUAAAGCUAAACUUGCAAAAACAGUAAAAGCUCCUCCUGCUUCUGCAGAUCUUAUAUUUGAAAAGAAUGUGUCUAUAUCUGAAUUAGGAAUAGAUCUUCCACCAGGAAUGGCAAAUGAUACAGUUGAAUUUGACCAUCAUACUUACUACAACUCUACAUUUUACUCUGAUCCAGAGGUUGGUAAAAAGUUUUGGAUCGACAUCAAUUCAUAUCCCCAGCCUAUUGUUCACCACAUGUUAUCCGACUCUCAUCGUCAAGCAACAACUAUCCCUUUGAAGUUUGAUUUUCCAUUUUAUGGAAGCCUUUUAAAAAAUGUAACAAUAGCCACUGGAGGUUUUUUGUACACUGGUGACUAUUUGCAUAAUUGGAUUGCUGCCACCCAGUACAUAGCUCCCCUGAUGGCCAACUUUGAUAGCAGCCAGUCUAAUGACUCUUUCAUCAAGUAUGCGGAUAAUGGGACUGCUUUUACUGCUGAGUGGAGUCAAGUUUACAUCAAAGACAGAAUAAAUGAUGGAGCUUUUACGUUUCAAGUCACUCUCUUCACUAGUGGAGACAUCCUAUUUGCCUAUAAAGAGGUGCCUUAUUCUAUAUCCAACAUAUCCGACGCUAGUCAUCCUGUCAAAAUAGGUAUAUCAGAUGCCUAUGUUUUAGAAAGAUCUUUAUUUUUUGUACGAAGAAAGACUAUUUAUGAGUAUCACAAGAUUGAUAUGCUGAAGAAGAAUAUUAGUAGUAAUACAGCACUUUAUUUGAAAGCUUUACCGACAUGCAUUAGCUACAAAGACUGCAACAGCUGCCUGUCUGUGCAUCGGGAUAUAGAUUGCGUAUGGUGCAAAGCGGUCAACCGAUGCUCCAGUGGCAUUGAUAGAUUGAGGCAGAGCUGGAUCACUAAUGGCUGCUCGCUUCAAGUUGAUGCAACAUGUCCUCCAUCACCCCCCUCAACCACAACAGAUGCAUCCAAAUUAGUGACAUCUUUCGAUAAAGGAUAUUCUGUUGUUGAAACCUCAACGAACCAUUUAGAUAAAUCAUCUGAUGCCAAACAUUUUUCAACUUAUGAUAUUGAUUUUCCCAGUAAAGGAGAAGUGAAAGAGGCUGCUCACUACAUGCAAGAAGAGACAGAGACCAGUAGUAGUAGCAUGAGCAUUGGUGCCAUAGUGACUAUUGUUGUCUUUGUAGUUGUUCUCUUAGGUGCUUCAGGAUGGACCUUUUAUGCAUACCGAUUUCCACAAACACGCUCAGGACAAUUUUUAAUUAAGUAUCGUCCAACCCAGUGGACUCUGAGAAAGGAUGAUAAUUCUUCAAGCUUGAGCUCCCGACAUCUGGGGAGUUCGUAGGAUACUGUUAAAAUGUUGUUCUGUUUUCUGUAGUCAACUACUUUCAUCAAAUGGGUUGUAAUUCUCUUUUUUUUGUAAAUGAUACAUAUAUGUAUUAGCUUUUACAAAAUGCAUCCAAAUUGCAUGUGAAAAAUUUGUUUCAACAAAAUAUUGUUUAAAAAUUUUUAAUGAAUGUUUUUAAUGAAUUUUUUUCAAUCUUUGCUAUUUAUAAAAAAAUGAGAUUAUUUUAUGAAAUAAUAAUUUUAUUAUCAUUUAAUUGUAUCAAAUUACUAUUGAUUUUAGUUAUAUUAUCAAAUUAGAAAAAAAAAUUUCAAAAUAUAUUUAAUCUUUAUUUUUUCUAUAGUUAUUCUAAAGAAUCUCAUUGGAAUCUGAAAUGUUUUUGUUUUUAAUAACUUUUAUUCUUCAUUAUAAUCUUUUUUAAUAGUGACAUACGUAGGACACAUCUUAGAAAAAAAAUUUGCCGAAUGAAAAUUUAUGCAGCUAAAUAAAAUUAGUUAUUAACAGGGUUGGCACUUUGCCCAGUAGAAACCCAUUUCUUUGAGAAAACUGGAUGAAACGGAAGAAAUUAAAAAAAAUCCAAUAUAAAUAUUUUGAAGUUAUGUAAAAAUUGCUUCAAUUCAAACAUACUAUAAUACCUAAAUAUUAAGAGUUCUUUACAUCUACUUAUGAAAAAUUUACAUGAUGUCCAGUAUAUACUUUAGUAGCAUUAAUAAAAUUUUAUAGUUAUUUUAAAAGCUCUUCAUAAAAUUAUAAUAAGUGUUUUAGUAUACUCAUUUACAUAAAAUAUUGUAAAAUUACACUUAUCCUAAAUACAUUAAAUAAAUUUUUUCCAAUUAUUAUUUUUGCAAAAUAGAAAAUUUCAGUGGAAUAUGCAAAAACUUUUUACUUGGUGAAGUUUAUUAUCCUCCUCAGGAAAAUUUUUAGUACACAAAUUAUUCAAGAAUAAAUACUUUUUUCAUACAUGUUUUUGAGGAAAAUUUUUUUUGAAUUUAUUAAUUAUAUUUAUUUCAAAAAGUAUUAUUUCUAGCCCAUUGCUAUUUUGGGUUGAAAUGUUCUAUGUAAUAAAUUUUUUAUCUAUUUAUUUUUAUGACUGAUUUCUCCAGAACUUUAAUAAAUGGCCAAUUAGUCCUUAAUAUGGAUGAUUACAGUUGUUUAUUGCAGUUCUCAUGUGGCAAAAUGGGUUGAAAGCAUCUGGUCUAAGUUUUAAUACCCAUGAAAUUUUUUUUACCAGGUGUGACCGACUCUAUAGAAAUAUUUAUAUCUGAUCAUUCCCUUUAUAAAUUAUGAAGCAGGAUCUGAAAUCCAUGAUUGUGAUUCAUUUUAUUCUUGUCACUAUAUAAUUAUUAUUAUUUUGAAAUAUAAGAUUGAUAAUAAAGCUAUUGCUGUUGGAUAAUUUCCAUCCUAACUGCAUUUAUAACAAAGACAAUCAGAGAACCACAAUAAGUUUUAUAAGUGUUGUGUAUAGAGUGUUUAACUGUGUGUUGUAGAAUACUUUGUAUAUUUUUUUGUAUUUUUAAUAUAUUGCUUUUAUGUUUUUAAAAUAUUCAUGUAUGUUUAUAACUUUUUUUUCCUAAGAGGUUCUAAAACCAGAUAUUGACAGAUUUCUUGAGGGGAAGUGAAUUAUUUCCCUUAUUUAUAAAUUUUCCAUGUUACAAAUCGUUAUCAGAUAGAAUUUUUAGUCAAAUUUUAAUUUUUCUUUUUUGAAAAGAAAACAAUUUUGUAUUGGGUCUGCUAAACAGGGAUCAAAUAUACAGCAAUUUUCAUCAUUAUCUGCAAGCAUGUUAUCUGUUUAUGACUAGUUUUACUAAGUAUCAAAAUCUUGUUUCUGUCAAGUGCAAUAGUAAAUAUAAUUUUUAAUUUCUACACUGUUUUGCAAACAUGAAGCUCUGUCCCUCAAUAUUUUGUCCGAGUGACAUUUUAUUUGUAGGACAUUUUGUCUUAGAAAAUCCCAAUAUUUUGAUUGAAUAUUCUUUUUUUUUGAAAAGCAAAAUUAUUAAAACAGGGUCGUUAGAAAUAAAGAAGUGUUUUUAUACAGAUGACACUUAAGGACCAUUUUAUUAUUCACCCAUAGUUAUCAUACCUCCCAAUUCUGUGUUUUACUGUAUUUAGAUCUGAGAAGAAUGUUUACUUUCAGUAUUAUAUGUUUUAACUGUAUAAGAUAUGUUAAUGAGUAAUUAUAGUUAAUAGUAUAAAACCUUAGUUUAAACUAUUACCUCAAUAAACUUUUAUCAAAUACUUAUGUAAAAAAAAGUUUCUUGAGAUAACUUGUUAAUUAAAACAUAAGUAACCCAAAAUACUAACACUUGCUUAGUUUUACUUCAAAAUUAUAUGUUGAGGAUAGUCUUUAAGGAAGGAACAUCCUGAUAUGAAUGACUUACGAAUAUUGACUUUUUCCAUAUGUAUAUAAAAAAAGGAACAGUCUUGUGCAUUUCUGAUCCUUGGUAAUAUGUUGAUACAUACAUAUUUGUGCUAUUGUAUUUUUAGAGUAUAUAUCUUCCUUCUAAUGUUAAUGUAAGUUAUGGAGUUUAUUUUUUGAAUUUUAAUACUUUUGUUUAAAUAUAUGCUCUCCAUGAAUAUUCCUUGUUAAAGAAUUUAUAUAUUUUAUUCGGAAAUUUUAAAUAUUGUUACUCAAUACUUUUUUACAAGUCUAGUCUUUUGACACUUGUCUGAAUUUUAAAUAAAUCUUGUUUACUUUGU